GCCACUGAGACUGCGAGACCCCUCCAAAUCGUGGAUCUAGAACCAGAGAUUAUUGCAGAGAUCCUAGAAUACGUGAACGAUGAGUCGCCCGGGACCAUCCCCGCUUUAAGUGUUGUCAGCAACUACUUCUACCAUGCCGUCAAAUUGGUCAAGUAUCGCCGUGCCACGGUCAAUUGGUCUGAUAAGCAUGUGUCCUGGAUUGUCUCGGACAGGAAAUAUAUUCUCCAGCGGCCCAAUCAAGCAUCAACCUUCAAUCUAGACCAAGCCGGUGUGCACUGUAAAGAUUCUGAAUUUCUACAGCGCGUACGCCAUCUCACUAUUGGGCCAAGUGAGACUAGAUCGAAGAAAAAUCAGUCUGUAGCAGAUGAUGAGCUCGUCGAGAUCCUGACCAAAGCGAGCAACAUCAAAGCCCUGACAUGGAAACCCACCUUUUCCCCAUCCGCAGGUGCUGUCGAGGCUCUUGAGAAGUAUCAUCCCAAGGCAGAGUUGAGAAUCUCUCGGAUUACCAUCCCUCAAUCGUCAUACAAUUGCGACCCUGAACGAAUUCCCCUUGCCGCAUCUGCGCUGCUCAAAUCAACCAGCCUGAGAAGCCUUGGAAUCCGGAGAUAUCGGUCAGGUGAUGACAUAACCUCUUUCGAUUACAGGCUUAUCAUUUCAAACGCGGAAAAUCUGGAGUUUGUUUCGGUCAUAUCUGAUGGGCCAGAAACAGCAGACGAAGAUAAUUCAAGAACAGAGGGCCGCAAAAAGCUUCGCCAUUUGACCUUGGAUGGCUGGCAGCUUUCGCAAGACACCGUUGAUUAUUGGUCUCAAUAUAUUAAUCUUACAGAGCUUCAGAGCUUCAAAUGCAGCCGUGGCUCUCUCUCCACUUCAUAUUUCGUCACUGCGGCGGACCUGCUCCCUGGUCUCAAGCAUGUCAGUCUAAACCUCGGUUCCCAAAAAUGUUCAACCGAGACCACAGAAGCAGUCCAACGAUAUAUAUCAUCGUGCUCACCUUUGAAAACAUUGAGCCUCUGGUCAUGGAUAGGAAGGGUGUCCUUGCAAAGCAUUCUGCAGCAGCAUGGUUCCACAUUGGAAGUAUUGCGACUUCAUGAACGAGAAGAAAUCGGAGACGACCCAGAUGGACAAAAGUUCAUUUCUUUGGCUGAUGUACAUUCAAUCCGAGCUUCAUGCCCGCGACUCAAGUCAUUCACCUUUGACCUGAAGCGGCAAUCAAAGCAACCUAGAGCCAAUGACUACCAGCCGAUCUUGGCAGAGCUAGUGAAGAUGCAGCUGGACACUCUCGAGAUUUACCUCGACAGCGGCUUGCUUUUCAUGUACACGCUGAAUAGAUGGAAUGACUCUAACUUGAAACACGUCCGUGGCGGCAACUUCGGCCGUGGCGAUACAAAUGAUCCGGGGCGCAACAAAGUUCAUCCUCCCACAUCUGCCGACGACAUUUGUACCUUCACCGGCGAAAUGUGGAAGUCUAUCUUUGGAUCACGCAUAAGCGGACCAAGGAUGCUUGAUCUCAAAUUUGGAGAAUGGGAGAGAAACAGCUUGCCACUUCUCACCGAUCCCUAUGGUGAACCCUACGCAGACAUCCGCGUAUGGACUCGAGCCAAACCGCAUCAACGAGACGACAAACCGGGCGAAUGCUCCGUUGAGAUGAAGGGCUGUGGAGGAAAGCAUCGACGGAAAUGGACGACUGAU